AUGUCAAGCACUAGGAUUUCUCACAUUGGGACGGUGAAAUCCAAAUUGACCGUUCGAACCAUUGGUAUGCUUGUUCGGAAGUAUAAUAUUGACCCCAAGUUUCAUCCUCGUCUUCCGGAGGCCAACGAUGCCAUUACUGACGCCCUUGAAGGCUUCGUGGGGGUUUACCGAGUAUUCUUUAAAUCCGGGCUGCGUCUUCCUGCUUUCGAUUUUCUAGAAACUGUUCUGGAUUAUUAUGGUCUGCACAUCGCCCAAAUAACCCUUAACGGUUUUCGUAAGAUUCUUUGCUUCACCCUGCUAUGCGUCACUCUGGAUGUGUCAACGACCAUUAAUCUAUUUUGCCACUUCUAUAUUCUGAUGUCCAAUGGAGAUUGGGUUUCUUUCUCCCUUCUCCAUGGUUUGGUGGAGAUUUGUGACGGUCUUCCAACCUCCAUCAAGUAUUGGAAGGAGGAGUUCUUUUUUGUUCAUGCCUCUGCUUUCUCCGGCCCCAUUGCAUACGGUGCUACUGCUGAUAGGGUCGUCGACUCCGUCCCGAAACUAUCACCCGACGAGCAAUUGCUAACGGAAAGGUUAUCGGACAAUUUUGUUCGAUGGACGGACCCCGACGAAGCGACACUGUGUAUGGCUGGCAUGAGUCCCCAUUGGAACCGUCUGGGUAAGAAGACAGUGGAGGUGUUCGAGGAAAAAAACAUAACCCUUCUUGACCGAAUUCAUCGGAAAUGA